AUGGCGCCAAAAGCAAAGAAGGAAGCUACUGCCCUUCCCAAAGCUGAAGCCAAAGUGAAGGCCUUGAAAGCCAAGAGGGCAGUGCGGAAAGAGCACAUCCGGCUUGACCACUACACCAUCAUCAAAUUCCCCCUGACUACCGAGUCAGCCAUGAAGAAGAUAGAAGAUAACAACACAUUUGUGUUCACUGUGGACGUCAAGGCCAGCAAGCACCAGAUCAUACAGGCUGUGAAGAAACUCUUCGACAUAGAUGUGGCCAAAGUCAACACCCGCAUUAGGCCCAACAGAGAGAAGAAGGCAUAUGUUCGAUUGGCUCCCCAUAAGAUGCUCUGGAUGUUGCCAACAAAAUUGGGAUCAUCUAAAUUGAGUCCAGCAGGAUAA